GAAAACCGCAACAUCCCCUCAACAGCCAAUCCGACCCGACACAAUGGCUUCCAUGAUCACCCGCCGUUUCUUCUCCACGACUGUCCGUCGUCUGCAGACUUCCUCCAAGCAGGAGCUGCAGGCCGAGUCCAAGCGAAACCCCGAGAUCUAUAUCCUCGGUGGUGUCAUGACCCUCGCUCUGGGCGGUGCUGGCUUCUACUUUGGCCGAUCCCCCACUGGAGCAACCUCAGAGGCCCCCGUCAACGUCGACAAGAUGGCCUGGGAGGGCAGCUCUGGAGGCAAGUACUCCUACCACCCCGGCGGCGACCCCAACGCUGCUCCCCGCGAUGCCCCCAGCGCUCUCAACGUGGUCAUCAUCCCCAACGUCACCGCUCCCAAGGAGUACCACGACAAGUACAACAAGUGGGGCAAGGAGGGCUACCCUUGAAGAGAUGGAAUAUGGGUUGCACGGAUGGGGAGGUCAAGGGAGAGGCAGAGGCAGAGCAGGCAUACCUUUUUGUAUUUAAAUGAGGCGGGUUCGCCUGUGUAGACAUAUGAGUGGAGGUGGGGCGUAAACAUGAUACAUGUCUUGCACCAAAACAAUGACGUGAGAAAAGGGGCUUGAGAAGAAGAAGACAUUUUUUUACGUAUCUAUUGAAUGUGAGUCGCUGCAUUACUCUCUUAU